UAUCCUUUUUUUUUUUUUUUUUUUUUUUUUUUGUGAAUAAAGGAGCGUGCAUGAUUAUAUAUUAAUUUUAUUAUUUUAGUUAUUUAUUAUAUAGUACAACUAAUAAUCUUUGUUAAUUUAAAGCCUUGCUAGCUAGUUGUACUUUGUCUAGUGAAUGAAAUAAUCUAUCAUCAUCAAAUAUCAAUCAUGGAAACUAGUCGACAACACCAUAAUGAUGAUAAUCAUGAGGAGCACAUUUUUCGAAGUCGGUACGGGGCGGUGGAGGUGCCGGAGAACGUGACUUUGCCGGAAUUUGUGCUCCAAGGGGGUGAAGAAUAUGGUGAUAAAGUGGCAUUUGUGGAUGCAGUGAGUGGGAAAGAGUACACUCAUGGGGAAGUGGUGAGAGACACAAAGAGGUUUGGUGCGGCUCUAAGGUCACUUGGGCUGAGGAAAGGGCAUGUGGUGGUUGUUGUGCUGCCUAAUGUGGUUGAAUAUGCUAUUGUGGCUCUUGGCAUAAUGGCUGCUGGUGGUGUCUUUUCUGGCUCAAACCCAGCUGCACAUGUUUUGGAAAUUAAGAAGCAAGUGGAGGACUCUGGUGCCAAGCUAAUUGUCACUAAUGCCUCCUUCUACGACAAGGUAAAAGGGCUAGAGGUGCCAGUCAUAGCAGUAGAGGAAGAAGUAGUAGUGGAAGGAGCCAUUAACUGGCACAAGCUUCUAGAAGCAGCAGAUCGAGCUGGGACGUGUCACAUCAAAGAGGAAGUCCACCAAAACGACCUCUGUGCUCUCCCAUUCUCUUCCGGCACCACAGGACUCUCCAAGGGCGUUAUGCUCACUCACAGGAACCUGGUGGCCAACCUCUGUUCCACUCUCUUCGCAAUCAAGCCCGAGAUGAUUGGACAAGUGACUGUACUUGGGCUAAUGCCAUUCUUCCACAUCUACGGGAUCACUGGCAUUUGCUGUGCUACGCUGAGAAACAAAGGGAAAGUGGUGGUGAUGGAGAGGUACGAGCUGAGGACGUUUGUUAAAGCGUUGGUAUCACAUGAGGUGACUUUUGCACCAGUCGUCCCCCCAAUCAUUUCGGACUUGGUCAAGAAGCCAAUGGUCGAUGAGUUUGAUCUCACUAACCUCAAACUCCAGGCUGUUAUGAGCGCCGCUGCUCCUCUUGCCCCCGAGCUACUCAGGGCUUUUGAAACCAAGUUCCCCAAAGUCCAUGUUCAAGAGGCAUAUGGGCUGACAGAACAUAGCUGCAUCACUCUGACCCACGGGGACGAUCCUGCUAAUGGGUAUAGUCGAGCGAAGAAGAACUCAGUGGGUUUCAUUCUUCCAAAUUUGGAAGUCAAAUUUCUUGACCCUGAUACUGCUCGUUCUCUCCCCAAAAACACCCCAGGCGAAUUAUGUGUCAGAAGCCAAUGUGUAAUGCAAGGUUACUACAACAACAAAGAAGAGACUGCCCGAGCCAUUGACAAGGAGGGUUGGCUCCACACCGGUGACAUUGGCUACAUUGAUGAAGAUGGUGAUGUCUUCAUUGUUGAUCGCAUCAAAGAAAUGAUUAAGUACAAAGGUUUCCAAGUGGCUCCAGCUGAACUAGAAGCCAUUCUUCUGACUCAUCCUUCUGUUGAAGACGCAGCAGUGUUCCCAAUGGUUGAUGAGGAGGCAGGGGAGAUUCCAGCUGCGUGUGUAGUGUUGGCCCCAGAAGCCAAAGAAAGCGAAGAAGAAAUAAUGAAAUACGUGGCUUCCAAUGUGGCCCACUAUAAGAAAGUUAGAGUCGUACAUUUUGUGGAUUCUAUACCAAAAUCACCUUCUGGCAAAAUCAUGAGAAGGCUUCUCAAACAAGCCAUGGCCAAAAUUCACCCAUAAUAUCUAUAUCUAUAUCUAUAUAUAGAAUUAUAUUUAUCACGUACGUAAUCCAAAAAUAAUGUAUGAGUAACUUAAUCUACAAGAUUAUAUGUGUAAAAUCUCAUAUAAUAUAUUCAAUAAACUUAAUUACUUGGCGACCU